GUCCGCAGUCUCUUGGUCAUCUCCUGUACUGUCCACAGUCUCUGGUCAUCUCCUGUACUGUCCGCAGUCUCUGGUCAUCUCCUGUACUGUCCGCAGUCUCUGGUCAUCCCCUGUACUGUCCGCAGUCUCUGGUCAUCCCCUGUACUGUCCGCAGUCUCUGGUCAUCCCCUGUACUGUCUGAAGUCUGGUCAUCUCCAGUACUGUCCGCAGUCUCUGGUCAUCCUGUACUGUCGCAGUCUCUGGUCAUCUCCUGUACUGUGUCCGCAGUCUCUGGUCAUCUCCUGUACUGUGUCCGCAGUCUCUGGUCAUCUCCUGUACUAUGUCUGCAGUCCAUUGGUUCAGAAUAUUUUUUUUCUGGUUUUUCACCUCUAA